AUGGUGGGUCUCAAUGGCAAUGAAUCCAGUGCCACAUAUUUCAUUCUAGUAGGCCUCCCAGGCUUGGAAGAAGCUCAGUUCUGGUUGGCCUUCCCACUGUGCUCCCUCUACUUUAUUGCUGUGCUAGGUAACCUGACAAUCAUCUACAUUGUGCGGGCUGAGCACAGCCUGCAUGAGCCCAUGUAUAUCUUUCUUUGCAUGCUUUCCAGCCUUGAUAUCCUCAUCUCCACUUCAUCCAUGCCCAAAAUGAUGGCCAUCUUCUGGUUCAAUUCCACUACCAUCCAGUUUGAUGCUUGUCUGCUACAAAUGUUUGUCAUCCACUCCUUAUCUGGCAUGGAGUCCACAGUACUGCUGGCCAUGGCCUUUGACCGCUAUGUGGCCAUCUGCUACCCACUUCGAUAUGCCACUGUGCUGACAAUGCCUCGUGUCAUCAAGAUUGGCAUGGCUGCUGUGGUGCGGGGUGCUGCUCUUAUGGCUCCCCUGCCUGUCUUCAUCAAAUGGCUGCCAUUCUGCCACUCCAAUAUCCUCUCCCAUUCCUACUGCCUGCACCAAGAUGUCAUGAAGCUGGCCUGUGCUGACAUCCGUGUUAAUAUUAUCUAUGGCCUCAUUGUCAUCAUCUCUGCCAUAGGCCUGGACUCACUUCUCAUCUCCUUGUCUUAUCUGCUUAUUCUCAAGACCGUGUUGGGCUUUACGCGUGAUGCCCAGGCAAAGGCAUUCAGCACUUGUGUCUCUCAUGUGUGUGCUGUUUUCAUAUUCUAUGUGCCUUUCAUCGGAUUGUCCAUGGUGCACCGCUUUGGCAAGCAGCAUGACACCCUCCUGCCUGUCAUCAUGGCCAAUACCUACCUGCUUGUUCCUCCUGUGCUCAACCCUAUUGUCUAUGGAGUGAAGACAAGGGAGAUCCGGAAGCGCAUCCUUCAUCUUUUGCAUGUGCUCACCCACACUGCAGAUCCCUAGGUGUCUGUAAAAACUUUUUCAUUCAAAGUCCUUCAAUUCAGAUUUUAAUAUCAACAUUUUGGAAGGUAGUAUUAGGAAA